AUGACUUCCGAGGAGGAACCGACGCAAACCCGAGUUGAGAGCUCAUCGUCGCCACGUGGCUUCAGAAGGGUGACCCUAACUGGUUCCGUGUUGAAUGAGGCAGAGAACGAGCAGGGUAUUCCCCUGGAGCCUUGCACUGACGCCGAGGUGGAGGCGAUGGAGCGUCAGCGGUGGGGAAGACUGGUGCAGGAGGGCUUGUUCCACCAGAGUCUCCAUUUUCAGCGGUGGGACAAGGAGGCUUUAUUACGGGGAUCAUUGUACCGCACCCGCACUGUGGCGGCCCGCACGACGGUGAGACCCACAACGACGGCUGCGCUGGUACUGAGUCUUAACAUCAAUCCUGUACUUUGGCUGGGCGAGAAUGAGAAUGAAAAGGGGGAUGAGGCGUCGCCAAAAGCUUCUCGUCUAUACGUCUGGCGAGCCCCCGCCCUCCUGCCAGGUGAUAAUUUAAAUAUUUUGAGUCAACUUGGUCAACAACUUGAGAGUCAGUAUCGGUCCCUUUCUAAGCGGCCAUUGAUUGUAAGUCAUUGUCUUAAUGCAAGACCGGAGGGCUUUGUGCGGGCUUUGGCUCAAUGCCGUCAUCAAGCAGGCCCUCAAAAAAAGGUUAUUGUGCACUACGGGGGCCAUGGUGUGCCGCGGCCGCGUGGGGGGUCACUGUUUCUUUUUUCUUCGAAUGGGGAGCCUGUAAAUUACUCACUGGACACAUUUUCUUCCCAGGUUGGAUUUCCGCUUGUUAUGGUGGCUGAAUGUGCGAACGCUGUGAGUAUUCUGCACCACCUUUUAGAAAAUCGACAGAAGGAAGAAGUAAAUAAUCACUUCACGUACCGUCAGUACGGAACAAAUAUAGGUGUGUCCACCUUGGAGGAGUCGGAGCGUCCGGAUAUGGUGCCAGGCUGGGAUCGAUAUGAAGUUGCUUCUGUUGCUGGCAUGGAAGGCAAUGCAAUGAAAUCAACCACGAAUGCGCCGUUUUUAUCAAAAUUGCGUGGUUUGGGUUCUGCUGCAGCUUCAAGUACUAAUUCACUGCUGCACGACGACCUUUUCUUUUUUGGGGCCACAGAGGAGGGUGCACUACCGCGGCACCCCAAACUGCCGUCUGAUAUCCUUACUUCUUGCCUAACGACCCCGUUGCGCAUGGCGUUGUUAUGGUUUAUUGUGGAACAUGCCCAGACAGCGGAUAUACAUCCUCUUUUGAUAUAUCUGAUUCCAGGGGAGUUAACCGAUAAGAAAACUCCACUUGGCGCGCUACAAUGGGCCUUUAUGUCUAUCACGGAAUGUAUUGCAUGGUUUUCCUUUCCUUAUGCAUUAUUUAUGCAUCUUUUCCGUGAGGAUGUUCUCGUGGCCCCAUUAUUUCGCGGGUUUCUUCUUGCUGACCGUAUAAUCACGGCACUGGGAGGGAAGGUAACUGUGUACCCGCCCUUACCACGCACCAGUGACCACAACUUGUGGGAUACGCUGGACAACAUUAUUGAUCGUACCUUUGUUUCGCUUUGGCGUGCUGUUCGACCAACGCCUCCGACGGUAUUAAACGCCGUGGAGUUUCGAGAGUGGUUGGAUUGGAACGCAACGAGUUGGCGGUACGAGAAGGGUUCAAUGACAUUGCCUUCCCUUGGGGAUCGCUGCGUUGUGGUCCCGGAUUUCCUGGAGGAGGAGUUAAAUUGUUUGGCCGGUGCAGUGGAGCGCAUUACGGAACAAGGAUUUUUUCGACUCGUAAGCACCGAUCGUCAACGGACUGAGCUUAUUGGAGGCUCGGCCAUUACCACGAGAUGGUCUCGUGCGGAAGAUGACAGUCCUCUAUCGUUUCUCCGAGUGAAUACUCCUCUUAAUGGGGGCAGUUUUGUUGGCACGAAACCCUUCCCCCACAUCAUGAGGUUGCCCAUGUUGCUUCAGGGUUUAUUGGUGAUGUCGCACCGUGAUCAGGCCACCGAAUUGGUGUGUCGUUUUGUGGAUGCCGGUCCUUUGGCUGUGACGGCCUGCGCAGAGGUGGGCAUCUUUAGCAUGGCUCUUGUACACUAUUGGACGCGUCGCGACUUGCGCCAUCUCUUACCGACUCUGUUAUUUAUUUACGCCAAGGCUUGCUACACGGAUCCCUCUUUAGGAGACGCUGAUCCAGCGCAGCGUAAUGUAAUUAUUGAUACUUGUAUGGAAAUUCUGGAGCAUCCCGUGACAGUUCCUGCCGAAUCGAGUGGAGAGGCUGGUGCGUGGCAGCGUGAUGUCCUUGGAUCUUGGGCAGAGCCUCGGGGACAGCAAUUACUUGCGGCAUCGCUGCUCACUAUGAUUUGUCUCCACUCUGGAGGAGGCCGACGUCGCUGUCGAGAACGUGAUGCCUUUCGCGUGUGUUGUAACCUUUUGCAGGAAGCGGCUGCAAAGGCGCCACGGGUACCGUUACGAGAGAAUGGACUCGAGGGAGAGGGGGAAGAAGAGAGUGGAAGGGAGGAAAACUUCUGGGACGAUUAUUCCCCCGGUGGACCCGACAGCAAUCCGGUGUUAAUGACAGCGUACGUACUUGGUCUUAUCGCUCUUUUUGUGGUUAUUGCGUGGGAAGGGACCCUGUCAGUCGCCAAGACGGAUGAAAAGGAGGAGGACGAGCAACACCAUCAACAAAAACAAACUGGUGGUAGCGGUGUUGGUGAUGCAUUGGCUGUGCGGGCAUAUAUCUCGACUGCUGUCGAUGCGCUGCAGGCGUUGCUGAUCACAACCUCCUCGGCUAUACGUGGGGCAGCUAUCAAGGCCAUCACUGUGGUUUUGGUCUCCCUCAUUACCGACGAUGAGACCGCGGUCAUGUGCGUUCGGGCCAUCGUUAAAUGCACCUCCGUACAACGGGCACCCCUUGAGGGUAACACAGACAACCGUCUCGAAUUUGUUGGUGCCUUAUCCCUGGCGAUCAAGUGGUUAAUUGGGCGUCUCUCUGUCUCUUUGUCCUUAGAGGAUAUACGACGGGCGGUGCGCUGUGAGUUGAACAAGGCGUGGCGUAAAGCAUUGGGGACCACGACCACGAGCCGUGGGGGUGAAGAAAAUAUCACGAACUGUCGUGAUCCCGAUUUACCAUUCGUCUCACCCUCGCCCCUUGCUGAGUCACCCGUUGCUUCUUUCACCCUCAACGGUGUGGAUUCCCUUUUACGCAUGUUGGCUGAACUUACAUGCCGACUCGGUGUUGCGUCAAAUGACCCUUGCCCUUUGGUUGCAGCACACGCUCAAAAAAUACUGAGGGAUGAUUUGUCCAUGUUACACGUGCGGUAUUUACCUCUUUUCCAGCCUGCAGGUAAUGUUCCAUGCGGGCGUGGCGGCGCAACCACCACAUCCCGCAAUUCCGGCAUCGCAAAUUUUUUUUCAGGUGUUUUGAAUACGCUGACGUCGCGUGGAGGGAAGCAUGCAAUUAGAGAGGGCCACCAAAGCGGUCAUGUACUACGAAGUGUUGGGGACGAGGAUGUGGUUGAAGAGCUGCUGGACACGGGCGUUAUUUUUGGUGAACGUGCGGCAGUGUCAGAUGUUAGUGUCUCAUUACGCACUGUUUCUGUGCACGACAAUAUGACUAUUUCUUCCUUUGUCUUUACUCUACUUUCGUUUCUCGGGGAACUACUGCUGAUACCCAUGGAUGAUCAUGACCCCAGACACCCCUUCAACCUUGAAAAGGACGCGUACAUUCUCCAAUAUCUGCGACGGUUGCGGGAUGAGUUGCGUGUAACGGUGUCAUCUAGCUACGGUUCCUGUGGGCACGAGGGCCACGCUGUCGUAUCUCCCUUGCUUCCGUCUGCCUCGUCUUGGAACCAUCCAUUGAGUCUUCUCAUGAUGCCUCAGGAGGAUGGGACACGAGGGCACGCACCCUCACUUUCCUCACCUCUUAUGCCGUCGUCAUCGACUGCCGGAGUUGAUGCCUCUGUAUCGUGGACAACAGAUCGUCAAAAUUCCUUUCGGCUUUUGGCCGAGAAGAACAUUUCCGCGGAACGCAAUGGUCAUAUUCAGGUUUUUACCUUUCAUCCCACAGAGCGGCACUUUAUAACGGGGACAAAUCAAGGUGUUAUUCAGGUUUGGUCUUUUGCCGAGUUGGAGGGUUUUAUUUUGGCGUCCUCGACUUCAUCCCCUGGUUCCUCGCAGGAAUCUGGUGAGCUUUGUCGACUGUUGUCACAGAUUCAGCCUUCAGAGGUGGUGGCACGGCCGGGUUGCGCCAUGCCACCCUCGACCGUUCUGAAGUAUAUGUACGGUACACAACUGACAAUACCGCAAUGUGUCAGUCUUUCUGGAGUUGCUAAUGAACGAUUGGCUGGCGGUGCCCCCGAUGUGCCAUUGUCGCGGCGGACGGGGUUGUGGGGGACAAACGACUAUGGAGGACGUGUGGCCAGAGGGGUUGAUCCACUCACAGGGUUGCAUUUGGUGGACUCAGCCUACCGCACACUACUCUGCGCCGUGGGUCGAUCGGGGUCUGUCCAGAUGUUUUCAGCGUACACCGAUGCGGCAACGGUGAGGCGCGUUACAUCCUUUGCGACCAUGACAUAUGAAGAGUCCCUUCGGAGCCAUCAAUGUCUUUCUUCUUACCACACACCAGCGAUGUUGUUGCAUGUGAGUGGUGCAGACGGAUCCAUUGCAUCGUGGGACCUGAACUGCGAACAGAAAGUUUCGGCGGGAGCUGGCCGCAGAGAAAUUCUGCAUUCACCAUCAGCUUUAGCUUCACAUCCCUAUGACGUUUUUACUUUUGCUGUGGGCGCGGGUUCUAUUUAUCUUUACGACCUGCGAAAUUCUAGUCGUUCGACCCACGUUUUACCGGAUCCCACAUCCUUGGGGCAAUCACUCCAGCGACAAUUACAAAGUUUGGGUGACUACAAACCUCUAUGUUUGCAUAUUGGAUUUUCAUGCCGCUAUCCGCACGGUCUUGUGACGGGGUACGGUGGAGAGCAGGGUGUUGUGAUGAUGUGGGAUGAUCGAAAAUUGCAGCAGCCCUUCUUUCAGAGAGUGGUGUCGGAAACAGGAGGUGCCGGCUCCUCUUCUUUCAAUUCUGUGGGCUACAUGGACGUGCAGCAUUAUCACUACGCCCUUAUGACCUUGUCCGUAACGGCAGAUGCUCUUUUUGUAGGGGAUGCUCUGGCCUCCCCAUCAUCAAAAGCAUCAUCGUCAUCAGGCGGAGGAGGAAACUCCUGUCGGGCGCACAUACGUCUCAAGCAGCAGCCUGGCGCGGCUUCCUUUCAUCCCAUUCUUCCUUUGUGCGGUGUGGCGGGUGGGAAUUAUUUGCAACUCUAUGGGCGAAAAAAAUUGUCUAUGCCCGAGCGACACGCUUAA